UCACUAAGCAACGCAGCGUCAACCAACAAACCUAAAGCAGCGCCUUGUGCUGGUUAUUCACACUAAUAUGUGGUUAUUCUGACAUGAGAUUUCAUUAUUUACACCGCAGAUUGGUGUGAACUGCAGUUAUAACUGCGGCAAACCAGCAGCAAAAACAAGCCUUUGACUGAGUGUUUACAGACGACGAACCACCAGCAUGCCGGCGCACUGCAGCUGAGCCCUCUGAGCUUUGAACAUUUUGCUUUGAACAGAGUCACUGAUAUCUAAAAUAAAAAAAAGCACAAUGGGGCUCUUCGACAAGCUGGCAGGAUGGCUGGGCCUGAAGAAGAAGGAGGUGAACGUGCUUUGUUUGGGUCUAGACAACAGCGGAAAGACCACCAUCAUCAAUCAGCUGAAGCCGUCCAACGCUCAAGCACAAGACAUCGUUCCCACUAUAGGAUUUAGCAUAGAGAAAUUCAAGACAUCAAGUCUGUCGUUCACCGUGUUUGACAUGUCAGGCCAAGGCAGGUAUAGAAACCUAUGGGAGCACUAUUACAAGGAAGGACAGGCCAUCAUAUUUGUCAUCGACAGCAGCGAUAAGCUAAGAAUGGUGGUUGCCAAAGAAGAGCUGGAUACUCUGCUUAACCAUCCUGAUAUCAAACACAGGCGGAUCCCCAUCCUGUUCUUUGCUAAUAAAAUGGACCUAAGAGAUGCUCUGUCCUCAGUGAAGGUCUCUCAGCUCCUCUGCCUGGAGAACAUCAAAGACAAACCCUGGCAAAUCUGUGCCAGUAACGCUGUCCAGGGGGAGGGUCUACAGGAGGGAGUCGACUGGCUGCAAGAUCAAAUCCGAACCAUGAGAACAUGAAACACUCCUAGAAUCCAGAGAAGCACCAUCACGUCUCCGAUUCCACACCGAAACCCAACCCCCUUUACAGGGCACGCUGGGCCGUCAGUUCAACAAGCUCAGGGGUUUUCGGCACACGAGAUGCUUUCAUCCCUUUGCACAACAGACUUUUUUUUGCACCUUUGUAGAUCGUUUGUCUUUAAAAUAUUUGGCAAAUUAGCUCAGUUUCACUAGUUGUGCUAUUGUGUUUAAAAUAUCGUCGCUGUCAGACGGAAUCCUCGUAUCUCCAAAACUGUUAUUUUUCAGGAAAUGAAAAAAACGCCGUACCUUAUCUGCAAUGCACAGGGUUUAGUCCGCGUUGCAGUGGAUUGUCUUGCUCUAAAUUCCUGUCCUCAGACGAGCACCAGAACUAGCGGGAGUCAAGAUUUUUUUUUUCUUUGAGCCCAGUGUUUUGAAGACAUUCACCUCAGAAGACGUGUUGAUUCGUUGCGACUCUUCUUGAGGAGAAAUAUGCCGUGAAGCUCUCCCACGGAGUGAGGAAGAGGUGGACAGUUGAAGUGUCCAAUGGAGUUAUGAGAUUUGCACUCAAGCUAUUUUCAAGACUUUAGAUUGGUUAAUAAAAUAAAAUAACAGACCCACGUGGGGACUGACCAAUAGCAUCGAUAUGUGAAAAAAUAUGAAAUUGACCAAAUUUGGACAUACGAGGUUUCCGCCCGACAGCGACGAUAUAAUAAAUGUGCACAUAAAUACAUUAUUAUAUUAAGCUGACAAAGGUUGGACUUUUUUGAGAAAGCUGAGCAAAACAGACCACAAACAAAUCCUAUAUUUAUUGUCACAUCAGAUUAACAAAAUUUACAACGUCUAUUCUGUUACCAUACAACGUCUAUUCCGCUUAUUUACUGUAUGAGAUUUAUUAUUCUUAUGAUUAUUUUUAAUGUGGUUUAUUUUUAACUGCUUUACUUUAUUCAGAAUUGUACCAUCCCAACCACAAACACACACUAAAGAUUGUUUUUGACAUGAUGCAUAUAAACUCAGCUGUCCUUCAUGCUUUAAAAAAAGAAGUUUCUACCUAUUUUCUGUCCCAAAUCUGUUGUAUACUGUGAUUGUGUACAAGUUAACGGCAGGCAGCUGGUACCCAAAGUAUCCUGUAGCAAUUAAUAGUAUAUCAGGUGCCAUUUUAUUGCUAUUUAUUUAGAAAUAAGUCACUUUACAUGUCUAUAAUAACAGAGCAAAUAGAGCUACGUUCACACGUACAGUCGAAGUGCGUGUUCAUCCUAUUAGUUGCCAUAGUAACACCGUUUAUCAGUGUGUGGCGAAAAUGUUCUGGAGGAAGAUUCGCCAUUUGUGUUAAUCUGCAUCAUCUCAUAGGACAUGAAGGAGAAGCAGUGUGCGCUCCACAGUCUUCACUCCUGUUGGUCAGUCGCUGUAACUUUUCGCAAACUUUGUUGCGACGCUGAUGUAGACACGCACACAUCUAGUCUCCAAAACUCACUAUUCGCGCAUGUCACCAGAAGCCGCCAGCUCUCUUUAAUCUCUGUUGUCUACAACUAAUAAUCAGGGUCUGUUGUGUGUUCUUCAUUAGACAACAGCAGCUCUGCCAAGUGCUCAGCUCCUGCUGUAACAACACGUCCACAAGAACUUGGCAUCUAAUCUAAAGCCAAUAAUAAUCAGACUGAAAUAUUUGUUUGUUAUUUAACAAAUAAAUACAUUAUUAAGACAUAAAGCUUUUCGGUAAAGAGAACUUUAUCAAAGGAGUCUCCAGUGCAAGUAAGUUUUCAGGACAGAUGAGUUCUACCUUAUCUGUAAUGUUUAUAGCUGCUACAACAUGUGAUAACAAAAGCUAACAUUCCACAAUGUUAAAUAUAACUAGAACUGGAUAAAGUGUACUAAUCAGCUUUAUUAAUAAAUAAAAAAAUAUAAGU